AUGUCUUGGAGAUCCGACAGGCGGCGAGAUGGGCAACCAUCUGUGGUUGUGGCUAGUGACUUUGCUCUCUGGCGAAUCGCGCACAACCGCCAUCGCGAGACUCCUAUGCAAAACUCGGAACUGCACAAGCCACUGUCUGCAUCUCCUCUACAAUCCACGAAUGGCUCCCUCACGUUCCUGAAACCACUGUCGUCUCAAAGCUGUCGUCGUGAGAGUUUCUCCUCUGCAAAUCCUAGAAAUGGCACAAACUUCCGUCUGAGUCUCCUCUGCAAAUCCCCGAAAGGCACCGAGUCACCGUCUUCGUCAUCGCUAGAGCUAGGGUUCGUCGCCGUCAUCACGAGGGCUAGGGGUCCUCUGCGAAAGGGGAGGAAAAAGUUGAAGCAUCUCCGGCACUUGGACUUGAGUCGCAAUGAUUUUGGAGGGCUUAAAAUUCCUGAUUUCUUUGGUUCCCUCGCCUCUCUCACAUAUUUUAACCUGUCUUUGGCAGGAUUUGGUGGCUCCAUUCCACCUCAGAUUGGGAAUCUUUCAAGUUUGCGUUAUCUUGAUCUUGGCCGCAAUUUUUAUUAUAAUGAUUUGUACGUUACGUCAGAUGACGUAAGAUGGAUUUCUCAUCUCACCUCAAUUGAGUUUCUAGACAUGAGUUAUGUGGAUCUCAGCCGGGCAUCCAGUAAUUGGCUAAAGGUGAUGAGCAUGCUCCCUUCCUUAUCCACUUUACACUUGUCUAGUUGUUCGCUAGGUAACACUCUUCCACUUUCUCAUGUCAAUUUUUCUUCUCUUUCCACCCUUGAUCUCUCCGAUAACCUCUUCGAUUCUUCAAUAUUUGGCUGCCUCUCUGGUCUUCCUUCUUUUCUUUCACUCAUACCAGAAUUGUUGUAUGGUAUGACUACCCUCCAAAGCCUCGAUCUUUCAAUUAACAAUCUUCAAGGUACAAUUUCAGGUGCUAUUGACAAUCUUACGUCACUCACGGAACUCCAUCUAGAUGGCAAUGACCUUGAAGGAAGGAUCCCAAGAUCCUUGGGAAAUCUUUGCAAUUUAAGAGUUUUACAUUUGUCAUCGAACCAAUUCAAUGGAGAUAUAUCUGAAUUUUUGGGACAUAAUUCAUGCUUCCAGGAGACACUGGAGUCUUUGGUUUUAAGUGGAAAUCACCUAUCAGGCCAAUUGCCCGAUCAAUUAGCAGAAUUUAAAACUUUGUCCUAUCUUGAUAUUUCUACCAACUCCAUUUCUGAUCCAAUUCCUGUGUCUAUAAGGAAAUUGUCAUCGUUAAGGGACUUGGAUAUUUCUUCCAACUUUUUCAACGGGAGUAUUCUAGAAAGUCUUGGGAGUUUCUCAAAAUAA